AUGAGGCCUCGUGACUUGGGAGAGGCUAUGGAGCUAGCUCAAUUGGUAGAAGGUCAGAGGCACCUGGAGGGAGAGACGGGAGACAACAGCUUAGGAGGCUCAUACAGGAUGACCACAACCUUAUUGAAAUCCAAGGAGCCAAUACCGGAUACUCUUCGGGGGACUUCGAAGGAAAAGACUGCAAGAAGAAGACCUAGGGACAACUUCAAGAAGCUCACAGAGAUAGAAUUACAAGAGAAGAGGGCGAAGGGGCUCUGUUUCAGAUGUGACGAGAGAUGCUCUACAUAUCCUUAUAGGUGGCUGUCUGCGACUUUAGUGGACUUUUAUGUUAAUGUUGUUGCUAUUGCGGUUUGGGUUGCCUACAAGGAAUCAAGUUGGUUAAGUACAUGUUUUUGGGUAAUUCUUUUAGUAUGUUUUGGCAGCAUUAGCACAUGCGCUUAUAUAGUGAAGCAACUUUUCAGUAUAUCGGGUCAAGAUUCUUCACAAGAUCCUCUACAACUAGUGCUAUUGAGGAAAGAUGGCGAAAGCAAAGUGAAUUGCUCAUCCGUUGUCCUCGGAAGAAUUGUGUUUAGUGCCUUGGGCAUUAUAAUGUCAGCAAUAGUGGUCUAUACGCUAGUUACUGAUGGUUGGCCUUUCCGCAUGGAAUUGUUGACACCGUGGAUGGCUGCAACCUUAAUCGAUUUUUACAUAAAUGUUUUUGCCAUAUCGGUAUGGGUUUUCCACAAGGAGUCAACUUGGAUCCGUGCAAUCUUUUGGGUCUGCCUUUUAAUAUGCCUUGGCAGGUAAUUUGUUUUAAAAAUU